AUGGGGAAGACCGAGCCGCCGUUUCUAUACGACCCGCCGUCUCUGUAUCCCAAGUCCGCACAGGCUGCCGACUUCAACCCCAAAGCUGUCACUCUGAACAGCUGGGCUCCUCGCCCGCAGAAGCCAAAGAAAGAUGGCCCCUUGGUCAAUUUCAACCAGCAUCCUGACUCGUACGCGGUCCUUCCAAGCGGGAGAAAACCAGUCACAAAUAUGAGCCCGAAUAUCAAGAAAUACGUCAAGUAUGCGCGGAUAUUCCAGCUUAUUCUACGAGUUUUAACCCUUAUUGGGGUGAUGGGAAUGCUGUUCUGCGUUAUCUGUAUCAACAAGACGACAACUCAGGUAGCAUGGAUUAUACGUGUGGGACCCGCUGUUUCAACGGUGAGCACGAUCUACGCGAUUUUCCACCUCUGCCGAUCUGCCACUUCCCGUACACCUGGUUCCACGGCUAGCUACAUGCUCUUCGCAGCCGUACUUGACGCAGGCCUGAUCCCAUUCUAUGUGUUCACUGCCUUAAUUUCGCGAACGGAGUAUGAAUCAAAGAGCUAUGGGUGGAAUACGCUGUUUGGUACCGACGAUGCAAAUGAAAAGAUCAUAUAUGCCGCCGUUCUCAUUGCCACGAUAGUUGGUGGGCUUCAUGUUGCAUCGUUGAUUGUGGAUAUCUACCUGGCUGUGGUGUUCCGUAAGAUAACUAAAUUGCCACCAGACAUGAACCCGCUGGAGGAUACCUUGACUGCUCGUCCCCAUAUGCGCAUCAGGUCUGAGAUAGCGGAAAAACACCUUAGCCAAAGCACAAUUGGUUCAUCUGAGACGAAUCCAUACAACACUAUCCUGCCAGCUACUCGCACUGUGCCAUUUGCACACACAAGGGCCGAUUCCGGUGUGACUAUCACAGGCAACCAACCCCAGAAGCAAGGUGAUGACCGGUCGUCAUACUACUCUGCUAAGUCGUAUCGUCACUCCCGCUCUGAUCUCCCAAGCCAACAGGUUCGUCAGUAUGAAGAGUCCAGUCGUCCCAAGACGCCCAUUUCCCGCACUACCGUCAGGGGAAGAGGAAAUGGGUCGUCCAGGCCCCAGUCCGCUGUCUUCCACACCCCACCCUCCACUGCACAGUCUCAGGCAUUGUCUGUAGACUAUCAAAACCGUGGGCCAAGUGGUGUAUCUUCCAUGGGAGAUAAUAACUGGGAAGCGUACCCUUCAAAUCCUCCAUCGCCUGAACUCAACGCUCAAGGGGUCUCGCCAUUCAGAGAUCCUGAAGAUGCAAUCUGGGAUGAUAAUUUCGAUGGAGAUGAUGAUCUGAUGCAACGAAGCGGUACCGUUCUCCGACAUCGAGGAGCAUACGCUGCUGUAGAUGAUGACGAUGACGACGAAGAUGAAGCUAUCCUUGAUCCAAACGAAUCAGACAUCAUGUUUGGAUAUCAACAAAGCCAGGGCGAGCGUUACUACUCUAAGGAUAAACCAGAACAGCUCAACCACAACUCCGGCCUGGAGGUGAACCCACUGUCCAUGAAUCCACCAACUCCUCGUCCAUUGGAGCCAGAGGAGGAUAGCAAGGAAGCUGUUAGAAGCGAUGUCCGACGUGAGGUACUUUCCAAUCUUCCAAACCCAUCUGCCACACCUUCCAAAGCUACGCCUGGAAGCAAGUCACGCUCGUACGGGGAGCUCGCAAAGAACACUCCAUCCCCCGGUAGCAACAAGAAACUAUCGUCCCGUUGGAGACGUAAGAGCGGCCGAGUGUCAGCUUACGAGUCUCUCCAAGGAGAGGCCGAUGAUGCUGAUGGCAACUAUGAGUCCACCGGUCGAGGUGAGACUGAUCGCAAAGGACGGGUUGUCAGCAACACAGGUAUCGACCUUGGGCCUGAUCUAGGCUCCGGCUCUCCAGGGUACGGAAAUUAUCUAGCCGGCUUGGGAGUUGGCCGCCGUCGCGAGGUCAGUGGAAAGGUCGCAGAAGAAGGAAGGGGUGGUGCCCUCGUCCAGGAUGAGAGCGAGUCAUCCCCGUCCAAAAGCAAAGGCAGCCAUCAUCAACCUUCAAAAUCGAAGGAAAUUAAAGCUGCGGGUUGGGCACGGUGGAAAGGUUUGUGA